GUGACGUGUGCCUGCGGCUCGUCUGGUGACGUGUCUCUCCGACUCUCUCUUUCCUCUCGCAGCGGCUGAUGGAGCCACACUGACUCCUCUGUGCACUCAAAACUGUUAACAGCUACACAGCAGGAGUCGGCCCACGGACACCAUGGGGAUUAAAUUUUUGGAAGUUAUCAAGCCUUUCUGCGCAGUCCUGCCAGAGAUUCAGAAACCAGAAAGAAAGAUUCAGUUCAGGGAAAAGGUACUAUGGACCGCCAUCACGUUAUUCAUCUUUCUGGUGUGCUGCCAGAUCCCUCUGUUUGGCAUCAUGUCGUCAGAUUCAGCAGAUCCUUUCUACUGGAUGAGAGUAAUCCUGGCCUCCAACAGAGGUACACUCAUGGAGCUCGGCAUCUCACCGAUUGUCACCUCAGGCCUCAUCAUGCAGCUGCUGGCUGGCGCCAAGAUCAUUGAAGUUGGCGACACCCCCAAAGACAGAGCUCUCUUCAAUGGAGCUCAGAAAUUGUUUGGAAUGAUCAUCACCAUUGGACAGGCCAUUGUUUAUGUCAUGACGGGCAUGUACGGAGAUCCUUCAGAGAUGGGUGCUGGCAUCUGCCUGCUGAUCAUCAUUCAGCUCUUUGUUGCCGGUCUGAUAGUGUUGCUCCUGGAUGAGCUUCUCCAGAAGGGCUACGGUCUGGGAUCUGGUAUUUCUCUCUUCAUUGCAACCAAUAUCUGUGAAACCAUCGUCUGGAAGGCCUUCAGCCCCACAACUGUCAACACUGGCAGAGGUACUGAGUUUGAGGGAGCCAUUAUCGCUCUCUUCCACCUGCUGGCCACACGCACAGACAAAGUGCGCGCCCUCAGAGAAGCUUUCUACAGACAAAACCUGCCUAACCUCAUGAACCUCAUCGCCACCGUCUUCGUGUUCGCCGUGGUUAUAUAUUUCCAGGGCUUCAGAGUGGACCUGCCCAUCAAGUCGGCUCGUUACCGUGGGCAAUACAACACCUACCCCAUCAAGCUUUUCUACACCUCCAACAUCCCCAUCAUCCUGCAGUCUGCCUUAGUGUCCAAUCUGUACGUGAUCUCCCAGAUGCUGUCGACGCGUUUCAGCGGCAACUUCCUGGUCAAUCUCUUAGGAACCUGGUCUGACACUUCAAGUGGAGGACCAGCCCGGGCCUACCCAGUGGGCGGCCUCUGCUACUACCUUUCUCCUCCCGAGUCGUUUGGUUCUGUCCUGGAUGACCCGGUUCACGCCGUCAUCUACAUCGUCUUCAUGCUGGGUUCCUGUGCCUUCUUCUCAAAGACCUGGAUCGAGGUGUCGGGAUCUUCAGCCAAAGACGUGGCAAAGCAGCUGAAGGAGCAGCAGAUGGUGAUGAGGGGACACAGAGAGACCUCCAUGGUGCAUGAACUAAACAGGUAUAUCCCCACAGCCGCUGCGUUCGGAGGGCUCUGUAUAGGAGGGCUGUCCGUCAUGGCGGACUUCCUGGGAGCCAUCGGCUCGGGGACAGGAAUCCUCCUGGCCGUUACCAUCAUCUACCAGUACUUUGAGAUCUUUGUGAAAGAGCAGAGUGAAGUUGGCAGUAUGGGAGCGCUGCUCUUCUAAUAUCAAAUUUGCCAAUCUCCUGACACAUACAAAGAAUCCACCUGUUUUUUAUUGUUUUGUUCUUGCAACUUCUUCUGUUGGUGUAUUUCGCAGCAGGGAUAAGUAAUUUUUUUUUUUUUUUAACUCCACCAUUUUUGUUUUCCACCGUACUGCUCUUGCUUGAGAAAAGUGUUUUGGUUACAUUGAGAGCUGAGCAUAGUAUUGGUUGUCAUCCAUCUCUUUAGUUUUUUUUAAAAUUAUUAUUUCUGUAGAGGUUUCUGCAGGCUGCCUGAAUCGCCUGGUUGCUCCAGCAGCCCGUUGACGCUUUAAAGCACACGGUUUGUGAGUGGCUGUCUUCGACUUACCUCAGGCAUUUUUGUUUAUUACUGUAGGCGUUUAAGGAACACUAAGACGGCAACAUCGUUUUGAUCCCUGAUCUCAUCCAGAAAAUAUUAUGUUUGGACAUUUUGGGGGGAGUUGAUAGAAAGCCAUGCUGUACAUCCUCUGUCAACCAAGUCUGAGGUCUCCAGGAGCCCAGAGUAGGAUGCAGAAAGCAUAGAGAAUAUGCCGGCACUCCUCGUAAUUGUCUCCGUUUGUCUCAGACAAACUAUUUGUCAUGUUCAUUUUUAUUUUUUUUUUAUUUCUUUUUUUGUUUUAAAUCACAGACUGUUUAUAUCCACAGCCGUCUUGCGCUGGGAACAGCGUUUGUCCAAAGUCCCUGGGCCCUCAGCGGAACAUGUUCGCCUGCGUUGCCAUGCUCUUUUAUCCCCAGACUGAAUCGCUGCUGAAAACUGCCGGGAUGGUCGGGAUGAGGGUGGGUUUGAUAGGGCUGAGAAAGGGGUUCAUUUUUGUUUUUACUUUAUGUAAGACAUAAUUGUGUUAUUAAAAAAAGACAAUGUUUUCCAACACA